AGUUUUAGAAGCAGAGUGGAUCCGAUCUCAAGUAACUAGCAAAAGUCUGUGGCUUUUCUGUCUGUCUGCUGGUAGGUUGGGGUUAGGGUUGGGGUGUUGUAGCUGGUUGGGGGGGACGACUUGAUCACUUUGCAAAAUGUCACUGAACUUCCCGACAGACAAUAGUUGGGAAAGAUCUUUUAGCCAAAUGAAUCAACACUUAAACUCUCCAGAGCCAGCAGCAGUGGAGGUGAAUGAACGCACAACAUACUUGCUUUCCAGAGCUCCCAGUCAAACAAACAUCUCAUUCCUGAGUGUCCCAGGCCAGCAUAACGUAUCCGGAAUCCUGCAACAACAGCAGGAAUACAGAUCAUUGCCUAACGCAAAAUGCGUUACCUGGAACACCAAUGGCUUACAUGAAUCCAACCAGGAAACCAGGAUGAUGCAAGGCCAGCAAGAACAUAAUUGGGGAAGUGAUGUCACCUAUGAACAGAAUACUAGGAAAAUAGCCUUGCCACCAACUCCCACUGAGAUGCAGAACAAACAACAUGAAUUCAUACUGGCUCAGAGCAGGAAAGGAAUAAACAUUCCCAAAGGGGCUGAAGUGAUAGUGCAGAAGACCUUUGUGAGGUUUGAUCAAAACAAUCCAGUGCAGACAACAAACCUGGGACGUGAAUACAGAGAGACUUCAAGCACAAGAAGCUCUGUCAGUUCUCAGGAAAUGGACAGCUCAUUUGAUCAAAGCACAUUAAAAAGAGGGGUUGUGCUGAGCCCCAGUCAGAUGUUGCAGAUCAAGAGUGGCAUGGAUUACGAAAGUGGUAAUUCAUUGAAACUCGAUCCUCGCUACUUCGGUGAGCUGUUGGCUGAAGUGAAGCGCAAGACCAGUGAAGUCCACAGCAUCCUGUCAGACAAUGUACAGAAAAUUAAAGGAAAGAGAUACUACUUGGAGUUGAACAAGGAAUACAAUGAUUCCAAUGAAGACAUUGAGUCGCUGAUACCAAAAGGAGUAUCUGAACUGACCAAACAACAGAUACGCUACCUCUUACAGAUGAGAAUCACUGUGGACAGAUCUCUCCGUUUGCUCCUGUCCACAUUUCGGAGCCUGCGUGAGGACCUCCUGCAUCUACAAGAUGAUCUAAAUAGACUUACAUCAGAUAAAGAGAUGCUUGAAAGAGAUGUGAACUUUAAAUCUCAACAGUUGAAGGAAUAUAUACAGAUUGUGGAGACCGUGAGAGACAGCAACCGAUCACUGCAGAAUUCUAUUAAGGAGAACAGCACAAAUAACCGAUCUCUUGAGGAGUUGGUCUUGACUCUGAGAAAUUCAGAGGCAGAUAAAGAGUUCCGCGUGAAAGAGUUAGAAUACAGCAAGAGAGCUUUGGAACAGGAGAUCGAGGCACUCAGACAACAGUUGACUCGGAGCCCAUCAAGUGCGUCCAUCAACUCAUCAUUUAACCUGGAGAUUUCUAACAAUUACUAUGAAAUGGUCAACAAACUCCGUGAAGAAAAGGACAAGGAGGUCAAUGCUUUGAGGUCACAAAUCAACAGCCUGAAGCAGCAUAUGAGCUCAGACGAAGACAAUUCAAGCAGCUUAAAGAUGAAACUGAUGGAAUACAUGAGCAUGCUGAGCGAGAAGGAGACCCGCAUCAAAGAACAGCAUGAGGAAAUCAUGAGACUAAAAUCGUCAUCACGUGGACCAGACAAGAACAUAUCACAAACAAUCAUCACAAAGCGAUACCUUGAAUAUCCCAUACUCGGCCUCCUGAAAGACAGCAAAGCUAUUUCACCUAGUAAAGGAAUAUAUUCCAUUACCACUGGCAGAAUAUAGACUGGUAUGAUUGGAAUACAGUAGCUUUCUUCAAACUCCAGUGGGUUGGGAUGUCAAGUAUUGGAUUUUGACACAAGUUACUUACAAGACUGUUCACUUGGCCAUGUCCUUUCUUAUGCUUGGAUUAGAAGGUUGAGACAUCUCACAGUAUUUUUUUCAUUGGAUCUUCUAUCAACAACAUACUUACAAAUACAUUUAUUGUUUUACUCCUGUUUUGGGAUGAUUUGGAAGUUGAUAUAAACUGAUGUGAUAUUAACUUCUGAUUUGGGUGUGAGGGUUUCUUUAUGUCAUAUAUGAAUGAAAUAAGAUUUGUGUUUCUUUUCUAGCUUUCUAGAUUAAAUAGGCAUUUGUUGAAGUUUAAUCAUGUAAAAUUGAGAUUUAAUUAAACUGUAGUAAGAUAUAAAUUAAGUGGGUAUAAAUUGAACAGUCUAUUUCAUUUAAUCUUGCAUUUGUAAUGAAAACUGGUACCAGUGUUGCCAAAGAUGUAUGUAUACUCACCAUACCUGAAAUUUGCAUUGCAGCAUUGGAUGGGGUUUAUUCUGAAGUACUUUCACUUAAUGUUAACCUUUUUAUAUAAAAAAAAUUCUGGUAUACUAAAGAGCCAUUCAUGAAUCAGUGGUUGCCGAUUCUGCUGGUUGCAGAAAUAGAAUGUAAAAAUGUAUAGAAUGCCAUCAAAACUGAGCUGAGUCUCUUUGAAUAGUCCAAAGCAAGAUUUGGUUUAAAACAAUUAUCAUGAAAAAGUUAUGCAAGAAGUAAAUGUUUGAACAACAGUAAACAACAAAAUUACAUUUGUAUAGCGCCUUUCAUAUCGGGAGGACGUCCCAAGGCACUGGACAGACAGUUAUGAACCUUAAGACCCAAUGUCCAUCUUACCUGGAGGGUGGGGGGGGGCAAACUCCAUUCUGAUUUAGCCAUAGCAAUUUACAGCACAGAAGGUUGUUCAACCCAUUGUGUGUGCUGGCUUUUUAAAAGAGCAAUCCAACACAGAAAUACAAUAGAAAUUGGGCAGAAAUACAUUAAUGUUUUUCACCCAAUAACCAUACCAUGAGGUUUAUUACCCAAGAAUCUGUGUUCCCAGCAAAAAAAAUUACAAUUGACCCCAUUCAGGCCACCCCUACCUCUCCGGGUUCACCCACAUUUAUUGAACAUGAAAUGAUUUGACUUUGUCUAUCAAGUUUAUGUAAAUAGGCAAAUAUGUACAUUUCAUUGUAAUUCUUCCAGCCUGAGUGACUUUUUAUGCGGUCUGUCCAAUUUGCAGGCAACCUAAUGCACGAUGUGUUACCUGUACUGAAACCAAAUGUAUCUGUAGAAUAUCUAAAUAAAACGAUUUGUCUCAA